UGAGUUCCACCUGACAGCAAAAUAAGCUGCUCAACUGAAACCCUGCCAGAUAUCUGAGGACAUAUUUUGUGGAUUGUUUUGUACUCUAAAAGGCUUCUAAUGACGCCUGGGUUCAUGUGUGUGAGGAUGAAGGUGGCUGUGCUCUUACUAGUGACGCUUAGGUUGAGUACGGAGGCCAUGGAAGUGACCUCCUCAGGCCCACAGACCAUCCAAAAGGCCCAGGGUGAGUCGGUCACUCUCAAGUGUACGUACACGCCUGGAUCCCAAGACACCGGAGAGCUGGACAUCGAGUGGUCCAACGUCAGCCCGGACAUGACCCAGAAGGAUGUGCUGUUCUUAUCAUACACAGGCGGCCAGACACACUACUAUGACUACAUCUACCCCAGCUUCACCAAGAGGUUGAAGUUUACAUCAGACCCUAAGAUGGGAGACGCCUCCAUCUCCGUGUCCGACCUGACGAGCCAAGACACGGCUACCUACCAGUGCAAAGUCAAGAAAGCUCCCGGCGUGGACACCAGAAAAGUCACUCUGGUGGUGAUGGUUCGCCCGUCUGUGCCAAAGUGUUGGGUUGAAGGUGGUGAAGACAAAGGCAGCACCGUGCUCCUCCGCUGUAAAUCAUAUCAGGGAUCCACACCUAUGACCUAUGUGUGGACUAGGGACACUGGAGGUGCAAUGCCACAGACUGCAACACAAGACCCCCAGACCGGACAGCUUUCGAUAAAGAACCACUCAGACAGUAACGUUGGAUACUACACGUGCGAAGUGAGAAACGCUGUUGGCCAUGCACAGUGUAAAUACGCACUGCGUGCCUUGAACCCUGCCGACAGAGUGGGUGUGAUCGUGGGGGCGGUGAUAGGAGCUCUGUUACUGCUGCUCCUCCUCCUGCUCCUCAUCUGGCUCCUGGUUUGCUGUUGCCGUAAGCGUCGCUAUCAGAAGGAGGUCGCCAAUGAGAUCAGGGAGGACGCCCAGGCCCCAGAGAGCCGACCCACUAGCAGACAGUCCAGCCUCCGCUCGGUGAUGGGGUACCGCACGCACCACGGGGUGGAGUACAGCAUGGUGCAGGGCCCCGUGUCAAGUGUGCGCGAAAAUGGCAACAGCUCGAUCCGCACCGCAGGAAGCCACAGCAGACACAGCUAUGACCCCAAAUAUGGAUACCCCGUUUAAUUUAAACAGACUUUUACUUUGUAUAUAUAUAAAUGGUGCAAUAGAUUAUAUUUAAGAGGAAAAUAAUUCCGCCGUGAGGCCGCAUGAAGUGCUGGUGUAGGACGGCUCGUCUCAAAAUCUGACCUCUGCUCUCGGACAAAUCAAAAUGACCCAAACCACCCACUGUCAUCAUGCACUUAAACACAUCAUUGUUAUUAUAACCAGUGGAAUCAUAGUUUAAUUUUAUUACCCGAGUCAAAAUAUGGCCAUCGGGUCUUGCAAAAGCUUUGCAUCCGUCCCUCUGUCUGUGCAACUGUCUGUGAUCAGCAUCAGUCCAGCCCUAUUACUGGACUUAUAAAACUCACAUUGAACAUUCUUGGGACCUUGACCAUGGACAAGGUCAAAGAUGGCUAACCUUGACCUAUUCUAAGGGGUCAAAAGGUCACAUUCUGUUUCCUGUUUUUAUGCUCAUAUGGCCAAGGGUAUUUUAGCAUUGUUAUACUUUUCCAAUUUUAUUCCACUUUUAUAUGCAGAAACUUCUAUUCUGUGCAUUGCAAGUUCUUAUUACACCAACUUUGUAUGUAAUAUAUAUGGUUUAUAUAUAUAAAAAUAUAGUGGAUACCUUUUUUAUUAUUUUAAUACUUUUCCAUGACACGUCACUCAGUGUGCGUGUUUUGUUUUUUACAGUCAGCAGCUAAGCUAACUCCGGGUUUGAUCAGAAUAAAGUUUUUGUAUAUUUUUUGUUUUAUUUGGA